UCUUCUCUUUCCUCUCCUCACACCUAUAAAUUGUCGUCUUUCGGUCAUCUUCUCCAUUCCAUCACGCAACACCGGAGGCAUAGGGUUCAUCGACAAUCUCAGAAAGGAAGUUUGCAGUGUAAUCUGCUAUAUCUGCAGUUUGUCAAAGUGGAGGGUGUUAAGUUUGAGACUUCUUUUAUGUCUGAACGGACCUCUCUCUUUUUGUCAUCAAUUGGAUUGCUUGGAGAGUACUGUCCUACGUCCAGAAAAAAGUACAGACAUCACUCAGAGAGCAUUAGCUGCAUGCAUCUUGGGCCAUUUCAGGGCUAUUACAACAACAGUCAGGGUUGCAGGUUUAUGUGGCCUUUUCCUACUGCAAGGAACUUGUCCGGUAUUAAACAAAGAUCUUUUGUUGUAAGAGAGAAUACUGCUGCUAUCUUAUCCUUUUGAUAAAUCCACUCAGUUAGAAGGCAAAGAUGGCUUUACAGAAUAUUGGUGCUGGAAACAGGGAUGAUGCCUUCUAUAGGUAUAAGAUGCCCAAAAUGAUAACCAAGAUUGAAGGUCGAGGGAAUGGAAUCAAGACUAAUGUGGUCAACAUGGUUGAUAUUGCAAAGGCCUUGGCUAGACCUGCAUCUUACACAACCAAGUAUUUUGGUUGUGAGCUUGGAGCGCAGUCCAAAUUUGAUGAAAGGACUGGAACUUCCCAUGUCAAUGGAGCCCAUGACACUCCAAAGCUUGCUGGGCUUCUUGAAAACUUUAUCAAGAAAUAUGUUCAGUGCUAUGGUUGUGGGAACCCUGAAACUGAAAUAGUCAUUACCAAGACACAGAUGAUUACCCUAAAAUGUGCUGCAUGUGGGUUUGUUUCAGAUGUCGAUAUGAGGGAUAAGCUCACAACAUUUAUUCUCAAGAAUCCGCCUGAGCAAAAGAAAACAUCAAAAGACAAGAAGGCAAUGAGAAGGGCUGAGAAGGAGCGGCUCAAGGAAGGGGAGGCUGCUGAUGAGGAGCAGAAGAAGCUGAAAAAAGAGGCUGUGAAGAAAAAGGGCUCUUCAGUUAGUUCCAAGGAUGUGGCUUCCAAAGUUGCAUCAACAAAGAAGACCACCAGUGUAUCUGAUGAGGAUCGUUCCCCAACUGGUAGCCAGGCUGAUGAGAAUGAAACAGAACCUGCUGAUGAAAGUGAUGAUGAUGUCCAAUGGCAAACGGACACAUCUAUGGAGGCAGCUCAGCAACGAAUCAAGGAACAACUGAGUGCUGUUACCGCUGGGAUGGUUAUGCUGUCUAUGGAUGAAGAGAAGGCAAAAUCAACAAAGAAGUCCCCGAAACAUGAAGAGAAAUCUGAGCUCAAGGGAGCCCAAAAUGGGACUAAAUCAGUUAAUAAUCAAGAAAGGCUUGUUGAUGAAAUCAAAGAGUAUCUGAAGAAGGGUCCUUCUGCAGUCAAACUCAAGAACUUUUUGGGAUCCCUUUCAGGGACUUCCCAAGAAAUCAUUGAUGCCCUGUUUGAAGCUCUAUUUAUGGGCAUUGGGAAGGGGCUUGCUAAAGAGGUGGCCAAAAAGAAAACCUACCUGGCAGCAGUCACCCAGGAAGAUCGUUCGCAGUCCAUUCUGCUGCAUGCUAUUGAGUCCUUUUGUGGGAAAUCAAAUCCUGAGGCGGUAAAAGAGGUGGGCUUGGUUCUGAAAGCGCUGUAUGACAAUGAUUUGCUGGAGGAAGAGUUCAUACUAGAGUGGUAUAAGCAGGGCUUGGCUGGUGGGAAUAAGAACUCUCAGAUCUGGAAGAAUGUCAAGCCUUUCAUUGAAUGGCUCCAAAGUGCCGAGUCUGAAUCAGAAGAGGAGUGAUUCUGGAUGCACUUCUCUGCUCAAUUGGGCUUGCUUUAUGCUAUAUACUGCAGAAGGGUUAUAGGCAAGAAAUGUUAUUAUGGCUUGUCAUUGUGAUGAAUAAUGCUUUUGGAGUGGUGCUGAAUGCUGUUGGUUGUUUUCAGUAUAAAAAGACAUAGUAGUAGUGGUAGUUUUGCUACUGUGCUUGUUUCUAGACUAAGCUUAAGAAUCAUAGUCUCUUGCUUAAGAGCUGUGGCUUCUCAAAUGCUUUGUUUGUAUCGUCAUUGAUGCUUUUGGGGUCUGGUGUCUCCCUCCCAUCCCCCCAAGUACAGUCUAGACGGUUUGAAUGUUUCUCCUGUUUAAAGGUUUAAUUUUUUGCUUAUGAGUUGAAUGAACGUGCUAUUUCUCCUUAAUUAAAUUUUGUAUGCUUGCUUUUU